CGCGUCUUGGGUGCCCUAGCUCCGGCUCCGGCACCGGUAGCGGCGGCGGUGCCGGUGUCUGGCAAGUCGCAAGUAGAGCGAAGAGAUACGUCAGAGAGCGAUGAGGAGCCGCAGCCCCGUGAACAGGAGAGGGAAUGGCAGCAGGGGAAGAAGCUCUCCAAGGACUGGACAUGGAGGGGGCAAGGAGCAGGGUGGCGUAAGCCUCUUCGUCAGUAACCUUCCGCUACGCUGCAGGCCUGAGGACGUCCGAGUUCCAUUUCAAAAGUUUGGUCCUAUUCGGGAUGUUUAUCUACCAAGACACUACCGUAGUGGGGAGCCAAGAGGAUUUGCUUUUGUGGAGUUUGCUGAAUCUUCUGAUGCUUCUAAGGCGCGAUAUCACAUGGACCGUAAGAUGCUUUCUGGACGUGAGAUCGGUGUUGCUUUUGCUGCAGACACACGGAAAAGACCUGAAGAAAUGCGUAGACGAACUGGAGCCAUAUGUAAUUCCCCACAGAGAAAGGAAGAGCACCGAACAAAAUCACCAGGACAGCCUAAACGACAUGAUGAGAAGCCCAGAUCCUAUACUCCUGACUAUAAUGAUCGGCGGUAUGCUGGCAUUAGUCGUGAUGAGACACCACCGGCUUCUGAUGGUGAGCGAUCCUGGGCUCUUGGUAGGUCACCUCGGCCACCCCCUUCAGGGUGGUCUUGUUGUCAUUCAUACUCACGUUCCCGCUCUCCUUGCCUCCAUUUCCAUGCUAGAUCACGGUCAGGCUCUCCUGCUCCAGUAAGGCGAGCUCACCACUCUACUUCCCCACAGAGAAAGGAUGAACACCAAACAAAAUCACCAGGACAAGCUAAAGAACAUGAUGAGAAGUGCAGAUCUGAUACUCCUGACUAUAACGAUUGCCUGGCUGCUGACAAUGGCCAUGAUGUGACGCCUCCAGCACCUGAUAGUGAGCGAUGCUGGGCGUUGGGCAGGUCACCCCGGCCAUCCCCUCCAGGACGGUCUCGUUGUCAUUCGUACUCACGUUCCCGCUCUCCUGAACUCCGUGACCAUGCUAGAUCACGGUCAUGCUCUCCUGCCCAAGGAAGGCAAUAUCACUGGUCUGCUUCCCCAGAGAGAGAGGAGAAGCACCAAACAAAAUCAUCAGGACAAGCUAAAGAACAUGAUCAGAACCGCAGAUCCUAUACUCCCCAAUACAAUGAUCGCCGGGAUGCUGACAUUGGUUAUGAUGAAACACCGCCGGCACCUGAUAGUGAGCGAUGCUGGGCGCUGGAUAGGACACCCCGGCCAUCCCCUCCAGGACGAUCUCAUUGCCAUUCAUACUCGUGCUCCCGCUCUCCUAAACUCCGUGGCCGUUCAUGAUGUGCCACACAAUGAACAUUUCUCCUUAAUGACAUUGUACUCCUGAUUAUGCUGAUCGGCGUGUUGCUGUCAUCGGUCAAUGAUGAGUAAGUUGGGCUCCUGAACUGCUGUUACAUGUGUCAGGUGCAAUCGUGUUAUAUAACUCGGGAAGUAAUAUCUUCGUACUUUAAGGAUUUUUUUUGGGGUAAUUUCAUCUUAGUUGGUGUAUACCAUGUGUAGUGUAUAUGUGCCAUAGUUUGAAUAGUUCUCUGCCAGAUAGUUUUUUUUUCUUUUUAAUGAAAUGGUGGGCAUAGCUUGGUUAGAAUGUGUUUGCUAAAUUGUGCUUUUAGCCUUGCUGUGGGUUUUGGUCACAUGCAUUUUAGUGUGUGAAAAUGGAGCAAGCAUAUCGAGAUGAUGUAUUGUGCAGCUUUUUGAAGCAAAAUGCAUGGCGUGACAGAAUCAUUUUGGCUGGUGACAGAAUUACAUGUCAUAUAGUACUACUAGUAGUGAGAAUAAUAUGUUUGCACGAGAAAUGGUGUUUUUGAGGUUGUUAGUGGUUGACAUGUAUAUAGUAGGUACAGUAGUACUUUGACUAGUGUAAUUGUAGGGUUUUUUUUUUCUUUCGUCGGACGAAAGAU